AAAACUAAGCCGAGAAAAUAAAAAAACAGCACCGCCGGUAACAGUUCUCCGGCGAAUCUGAAAAAUAACGAUUUUUCUCGAGUUUGUUGACAGAAGAGAUAGAGAUUGAUUCGUUCCUUGUUCUUUGAUCGAAUAGAGUAAGUGCACCAGAAUCAAUGGUAUUUCCCGGUGAGAUGGCGGCGACGACGACGACGAGACCUGAGCAACGAUCGAAGACUCUUCACAAUUUCCCUCUCCCGAACUUAUGGGGGAAUCAGAGACAUCUCAAGUGCAUGAAGAUCGACUCUAUCAGCAACGGAGGUUCCGGCGAUCACCGACUACGACGCCGAUCUCCGCCUUUGAAAUUCGCUGAUUCUUCCGUCUCGAUCCCGUUUCGAUUCGGCAACUCCGAUCAUCGCCGACCGUUUAAAUCGGGAAGCGAAGAAGGGAUCGAAGAGUUCAGGGUGAAGAUUAUGUCGGAUCUGAAGACGGUGAGAGAUAAGAUCACACAAUCGAUGUUUAACAAAGACGUAAUCGAAGAGGAAGAAGAAGAAGAAGAUAUCGACGGUUCUGGUUUCGGUUCCGGUCAAGAGAAGGAGGUUUCUCCGGUGAAGCCAUGGAAUCUAAGGAAGAGAAGAGCAGCGUGUAAGGAACCGGAAUCCAACAGUUUGAAUCAUCAAAUCAAUAAAGGAUUUGUAAUUGAGGAGAAGAUAGUGAAGAAUCAUCCAUCUCCGGUGAGAGGCGGCGGAGUGGUCGAAGCGGAGACGACGAAGAAGAUACGUCCUAAGUUCUCUGUGAAGCUAUCGAAGAAGGAGAUCGAAGAAGAUUUCAUUGGGAUUUUAGGUCACCGACCACCGCGUCGGCCCAAGAAACGGCCUAGAACUGUUCAGAAAAAACUCGAUAGUUUGUUUCCUGGAUUGUAUUUGACUGAAGUGACGCAUGAUGCAUAUAAGGUUCCAGAAGAAACCAAGAAUCUGCAGAGAUGAUGAUGAUGAAUUUGUGUAAUCUGGAAUUGAGGGUCAAGUUCUUGAAGCUCCUUCUUCCUCUGCUAAUUGUCUUUUUUUUUUGUUCUUAAUUAAUUCUUUCUUCUCAAUUGUUCUGAAUAAAAUUGUACAAAAAGGUUAUGGGAAUGUUUAGGUUCCGGUUGAUUAAUACAUAAUAAAGUUUCUUCUUUCUG